CAAUGUGGUGCUGCCGUGCGUUGCAACCAAUAGCCAGGCGCGUCCCCCAUCACGAAUAGGAAGUUCUGCACUCCCUCUUGGGUAAUAAACCCGCAGAUAAACGCGCCAAAGCGACCCACCUCUCGGCCUCUUCUCCCCCAGCUCGGCUGGAGUGUAUCUCUGUCUUGCUCAAUACUGAUGAAACGGGAUCGAUUCCUCUUAAACCACAGGCCCACCCGAAGAUAGGACGCGACCUAAGUCCCCAAUGGUUGUUUUGCAUUUCUACACGAGCCCCAAGGAGGUCCUGCUGUCGGAAGUGGGGAAGAGUCUAUUCCGCUCUGGAAUCCAUAAUGUGGAGAAGAUUGAGCGUGUAACUCAAGAGCUUUGCUUCAAUGUGAACUGGACAGCUCCAGUCUCCCCAACUCCACAGGACAGGCAGAAGCUCGUAUGGAUUUUCAAAUAUCCAUUCGAACCUGAGAACAUUUCUACAGAAACCUUACUCAAUGAGCACGAUGGGGACUUGCUGGUGGAGAUUGGACCGAGAUUGAACUUCUCCACAGCCUGGUCGACAAAUGCCGUGUCCAUCUGCCACUCCAUAGGAUUAACUGAGGUGGAUCGUGUUGAGUGCUCUCGCCGAUAUCUGCUGAAGAUCCAUAAUUCGGAGAGGUUGGCAGCAGCUGCCUCGGGUGAGCUGGUUGCUGCCUUUUACGAUCGGAUGACAGAGUGCGUGUAUCAGCGACCCAUUGAAACUUUCCAAGUGUUGACCAGCCCGUCGCAGGUGUAUGAAGUGGACGUGGUGAACAGGGGGAAGGAUGCGCUGGAGAAAGCUAACCGUGAACUGGGCUUGGCUUUCGACUCUUGGGAUCUGGAUUUUUAUACAAGGUUAUUUCAAAAGGUGGGCCGGAAUCCCACUAGUGUGGAGUGCUUCGACUUGGCCCAAUCCAACAGUGAACACAGUCGCCACUGGUUCUUCAAAGGGUGUUUAGUGGUAGAUGGAGAAGUCAAGGAGCAAAGUCUCUUCGAUAUGAUCAUGAAGACGCAGGAUUAUAGCAACAAGAACAACAUUAUCAAAUUCUGUGACAACAGCAGUGCCAUUGAAGGCCGAAGUGUUGAGUGUCUCUACCCAAGCCACUGGUCCCAAGCCAGCAACAUGGAGGUUCACAAAGCCAUGAGGCAUGUAAUCUUCACUGCAGAAACGCACAACUUCCCCACAGGCGUGGCUCCGUUCAGCGGUUCAACUACAGGGACCGGAGGUCGGAUACGGGACAUCCAGUGCACAGGCCGAGGGGCCCACGUGAUCGCAGGGACAGCCGGUUACUGCUUUGGGAAUCUGCUCUGUCCAGGUUAUGAGCUGCCCUGGGAAGACCAAACCUUCAUUUACCCUGGGAACUUUGCACAUCCACUGGAAGUGGUGAUCGAGGCGAGUAACGGAGCUUCAGAUUAUGGCAAUAAAUUCGGAGAGCCCGUCUUGGCAGGAUUUGCCCGGUCAUUUGGAAUGAUACUUGUCAAUGGAGAGAGAAGGGAGUGGAUUAAGCCAAUUAUGUUCAGUGCUGGCAUUGGAACCAUUGAGGCUGAGCAUGUCCGAAAAGAACAGCCCGAACCAGAGAUGGAGGUGGUGAAGAUUGGAGGCCCCGUGUAUCGAAUCGGUGUGGGUGGAGGGGCGGCAUCCUCCAUUCAGGUGCAGGGAGACAACACCGCAGAGCUGGACUUUGGAGCAGUGCAGCGAGGCGAUGCUGAGAUGGAGCAGAAGAUGAACCGAGCUAUCCGUGCCUGCGUUGAGAGGCAGCACAGCAACCCCAUCUGUAGUAUUCAUGAUCAGGGGGCCGGAGGCAAUGGUAACGUGUUGAAAGAGCUGAGUGAGCCGGCAGGAGCCAGGAUAUUCACCAGCAAAUUCAAGGUGGGUGAUCCAACACUGAGUGUACUGGAACUGUGGGGAGCCGAGUAUCAGGAAUCCAAUGCUCUUCUCCUGCGUUCAAAGGACUCAGAGUUUCUGCGUGCCGUCUGCAAUAGAGAGAAAUGCCCUGUUGAUUUUGUUGGCAAAAUAACUGGCGAUGGAAAGAUAGUUUUGGUUGAUGAUCGGAAUGCUUUGAAGAAAUCAGAGUUCCCCAGUCAUCCUGUGGAUCUGAAGGUGGAGUGGGUCCUGGGGAAAAUGCCUCAGAAGGAGUUCACACUGAAUCGGAGGAAGCCCGACCUGCGGCCUCUGACUCUGCCGGCAAACCUGAGUGUGAGGGAAGCCUUGACCCGUGUUCUGAGGCUGCCCUGUGUGGCCAGCAAGAGAUACCUGACCAACAAGGUGGACCGCUCGGUGACGGGGCUGGUGGCCCAGCAGCAGUGUGUGGGUCCUCUCCACACUCCUCUCGCUGACGUGGCCGUCGUGGCCCUCUCGUACUUCGACACCGUGGGAGCCGCAACGGCAGUGGGAGAACAGCCCAUCAAAGGUCUGAUCGACCCAGGGGCCGGGGCCAGAAUGGCCAUCGGGGAGGCUCUGACUAACCUGGUGUUCGCCCGCGUGACCGAACUCCAGGAUGUCAAAUGUAGCGGUAACUGGAUGUGGCCGGCAAAGUUGCCUGGGGAGGGGGCGGCUCUAUACGAUGCCUGCGAGGCCAUGUGCCGUACAAUGGCUGAACUUGGAAUUGCCGUGGAUGGCGGGAAGGAUUCUCUGAGCAUGGCAGCUCGUGUGGGGCAGGAGACCGUGAAGGCUCCAGGCUCCCUGGUCAUCUCUGUUUAUGCCGUGUGUCCUGACAUCACCAGCACCGUGACGCCGGACUUGAAAAUGCCCCAAGGGCAAGGAGUGCUGCUCUAUGUGCCAGUCACACCCGGUCAGUACAGAAUGGGAGGAAGUGCUUUGGCUCAAUGCUACUCUCAGAUCGGCGACUGCUGCCCAGACCUGGACCGUCCGCUCCCCCUCAAGUCCUGCUUCGCCGUCACUCAGCAGCUGCUGCAAGAGCGAUUGCUGAGCGCUGGCCAUGAUGUCAGCGACGGGGGACUGCUCACCUGCCUGCUGGAGAUGGCCAUCGGGGGCAACUGUGGGAUCCAGAUCAGCAUUGAAAACAGCGAGGCCACUGCACUGGAGCUGUUGUUUUCUGAGGAGCUGGGUUUGGUGUUGGAGGUCUCAGACGCGGCUGCGAAUGAAGUGAGCUCUCGGUACAGAGAAGCGGGCCUUCAAUGCUGGAGGAUUGGUUCAACCACUGGUCAGGGUUCCCAGAGCAUGGUGACGGUGCGAGUGAACGGAGAGGAGGUCCUGUCGGAGAAGUUGGCAACUCUCCACUCCUGGUGGGAAGAGACCAGUUUCCAGCUGGAGAGACUGCAAGCCAAUCGGGCUUGUGUGGAGGAAGAGGAGCGUGGCAUGGAGCAGCGCGUCGCUCCCCGUUACACAUUGAGCUUCCAACCAGUCCCCAGCCCCAGACCAUCAGCUGGGUUAGGUGCGUCUGAACCGCGGGUGGCCGUGAUCCGGGAGGAGGGCAGCAACGGUGACCGCGAAAUGGUGGCCUCGCUUGUCAUGGUUGGAUUCCAGGUUUGGGAUGUGACUAUGACGGAUAUCUCUGCGGGACUGUCUCUGGAUUCAUUCCGAGGGGUGGUGUUUGUCGGAGGCUUCAGUUACGCCGAUGUUCUGGGCUCAGCAAAAGGUUGGGCAGCGACAGUGCGAUUCAAUCCCAGGGCACGUGCUGAGUUUUCCAGGUUCCGUUCGCGGCCUGACACCUUCAGCUUGGGAGUGUGCAAUGGAUGCCAGCUGAUGGCACUGCUCGGUUGGGUGGCUUCCGAGACCGAGCUUGCGGAAGGUGAUGGAGUACAGCAGGGUGUCCUGCUGACACACAAUCGCUCCCGCCGUUUCGAGUCGCGCUUCGUUACGGUCACCAUCUUGGAGAGCAGUUCACUUCUGCUGAAAGGCAUGGCAGGUUCAACCCUCGGCAUCUGGGUAGCCCACGGGGAAGGUUUCAUGCAGUUUGAGUCUGAAGAGGUGCUGAGGAUGGUCACGGAGAAGGGCCUGGCGCCGAUCCGAUACAGCGAUGACUCUGGCGCCCCAACGAAGCGGUAUCCCCAGAACCCCAACGGCUCGCCGCUUGGGAUAGCGGCGCUGUGCUCGGCUGACGGCCGGCACCUCGCCAUGAUGCCUCACCCGGAGCGCUGCACCUUGCUCUGGCAGUGGCCCUGGAUGCCCCCCGAGUGGCGGCAUACCCUCGCCGCAUCACCAUGGUUACGCAUGUUCCAGAACGCUUCCGACUGGUGUUUGCAGAGUCCCUGAUGGCUGGUGUGCCUCGCGCCGAGAGUCUGGUCGGUCUGGUCAUCAGUACUAGCCAUUCGCCCGUCCCAUUCUAGCCCCAGUCCAAACAGCUCUCUGUAGCUCCUCUCGAGAAAUCAGCUCCAGUACACUUCCCCAUCCACCAUCCCCCCCCCUCCCUCACCCAACACCUGGAAGGGGUGUAAAUUCUGGUACUGAACAAGUAAUUUGCCAUUCAUAUCGAUGGUUUCUGUAAAAUAUUUCUUAGAAAAUAAAGACGGAGUGCUGCUGGUAACUAA